AUGCCAGGCUCCGAAACUCCAGGAACCGACUCCUCCACCUUGCGCGAGCGUCGUCCGCAGCUCGACGCGAAUGGCGCCGCUGCGGAGCUCGAAAAUGACACCGCCGCCGCCGCCGCAAAGGUGAGGGAGCUCAACGAAGAACCAAAAGAGAAGAAGACAUUUGGCAGGACACCCGAUGGAACCAUCUUUACUGUGCCGCACACCGAGGACAUGGUCUCGCAGCUCCUUAGCCCAACGCAACCAAAGAACCUCUCCGACCUGAUCAUCCUCGCCGUCCUUGCCGCCCACCUCCUGGCCCUCUGGCUGCUGCCGUCCGCCCUGCGCAUUCCCUUCUUUGCCGUCGUCUUCUUGUUCUGGCGCGCGGGCUACAACGUGGGCAUUGGCUGGCUUCUGAAGGAGCAGUCCGAACAUCUCAGACUGAUCAACUGGGCACGGAAGACGCAAAUAUUCGAGGACCCUUCGGCGGGUAAGAACCGCCAUCCUCAGCUGUAUGCGCUGCUCAAGCGUGAGAUGGAGACCAAGAUCCCCGACGACUACAAGUUUGAGACCGCUCCAAUUGAGUACAAUACCUGGCUGGUGUUCCGCCGAGUAGUUGACUUGAUCUUGAUGUGCGAUUUUGUUUCAUACUGCUGCUUCGCUGUUGCAUGUGGCGGCCGCCCCGACGGCGAAGGCAUCACCAUGACCAUCGGCCGCUGGGUGGCUGGCUGGGCUCUCGUGCUCUUCAACCUUUGGGUCAAGCUCGAUGCCCACCGCGUCGUCAAGGACUACGCCUGGUACUGGGGUGACUUCUUCUAUCUCAUCGACCAGGAGCUUACCUUCGACGGCGUCUUUGAGAUGGCUCCCCACCCCAUGUAUUCGGUCGGCUACGCGGGCUUCUAUGGCAUCUCGCUCAUGGCCGCCAGCUACAAAGUCUUGUUCAUCUCCAUCAUCGCUCACGCUGCUCAAUUUGCCUUCCUCACCCUUGUCGAAAACCCCCACAUCGAGAAGACGUACAACCCGCCUCCCCCGAAAAAGCGCACUCUCACCAGCGAAAGUGAUGUUCGUCCCAACGUCGAUGCUGGUCAUGUGAAUGGUGCCCCGCCGUUGGCUUCGUCCACUCAGCCUUCGCCCGUGCACAACCUCAUGGGCUGGCAGACCCACGAUUUGCACCGCGUCACUGACGUCUCCGUAAUUCUUUUCCAGCUUUACAUAUUCAGCGUCACGGUGCUUUCGCCACGAACUCCCUUCUACCAGGCUUUGUUCGUCGCUCACGCUGUGGCCUGGAGAUUGUGGUUCUCGGCUGGUAUCGGUAUCAUCCUGAACGAGCAGUCCAACAAGAAACGCUGGACGCGCCACUUCAUCAAGUACGGAGAGAGCACCGAGGAGGCUUGGCGCCAAUGGAAGGGUCUGUACCAUAUCAGCUGUACCAUGUGCUACGCCAGUUUCAUUGCUGCUGCAUGGAAGAUGUACUCGCUGCCUCCGGACUGGGAGUACGGCUUGGCUCUUCUUAGACAUGUCUUGGGUGCUGCCCUUGUUGCUCUGCAGAUCUGGACUGCCGCUAGUAUCUACGAGAGCCUGGGAGAGUUCGGAUGGUUCUUUGGUGACUUCUUCUUCGACCACGCGCCCAAGCUGAACUACAGCGGCAUUUACCGCUUCCUUAACCAGCCCGAACGUUUCCUGGGUCUCGCAGGUAUCUGGGGUGCCGUCGUCAUCACCUGGAGCAAAGCCAUCUUCUUCGUUGCUCUCCUCAGCCACAUCCUCACUCUUAUGCAUAUUCAACUCGUUGAGCGUCCUCACAUGCAAAAACUGUACGGCCAGAGCAUCCGUCAAGACUCGGGCAUCUCCAAGACGCUGAAGCGUUCCCUCCCGGCUCCAUUCCAGCAAUGGCACGGCAACAUGGACCGCGUUCUCGGCGACACGGUCGAGUUCGUAGAAGACUUCAUCGACGCCGCCCGUCCCAAGCUCGCCGCCGGCGUCGAAACCAUCGUCAAGGACGCCACCAACCUAUUCAAGAACUACCCGGCGCGCAUCAGCAUCACCCGCGUGACCCCCGACCUCGCCGGCGUCGACCCGAAGGACUACAGCCUUGAAGUCUCGGGCGAACCCUCCUCCCUCCUCGCCGAGCGUGAGCGCCGCACCGGCCGCGAGGGAGAAGACGCCCGCGGACCCGCGCGCAAGUACAGCGAGUUCAAGACGCUCUCGUUCGAGUACGGCGCGCCCAUCAAGGUGCGCUGGACUGCGCCCAUCACCCACUCCAAGAAGGACUGGGUCGGCCUGUACAUGGUCUCGGACAACCUGUCGCGCGACGUCACGCGCAUCGCCUCCCAAGGGCGCUGGAUCGCCACCAACCCUGGCUCCUACGACAGCGUCCGCGCCGACGCCGGCAUCCUCGUGUCCGACCGCCUCGUCCCCGGCGCGCAGCGCCACGACGGCGAGACGAAGGACUACUACGAGGGCGAGAUGGAGUUUUCCGGCGACAAGCUGUGGUGGACGACCGGCGUCUUCGAGUUCCGCUACCACCACGACGGCAAGCACAACGUCAUGGCCAUCUCCCCGCCCUUCGAGCUGCGCAUCGGCCGCUUCGACGAGGACGACGUCGAGAUCCGCGCGUCGGUCUCCAACACCAGCCUGUCGUCUGAUGGUUCCUCUUCCAACAUCGUCGAGAGCUCGCUCCGCCUCGCCGUCGAGCAGGCCCUGCUGCCCGUCGUGCGCAACUGCUUCGACCGCGACCCGGAGAUCGCGCCUGAAACGGAAGACGAAGGCUUUGGCGGCUUGGUCGAGCGUGACGGCAAGUUCGCGAAGAGGGUCGUUUUCGCUGUGCAUCAGAUGUUUGGCGUUGAGUUUGCGCCUGAGGUCGUGCAGGCGGAUGGGUGUGUGAGGAACCUCGCGUGGCGGAUUGUGAAUGCGAAGAAGGUUUUGGCCCCUUACAGCAUGUCCAGCUCCGGCGGCAACACCACGCCCAGCGGCGCCAAGUAUUAA